AUGCUGCAAGUGCAGCUGCUCAUCAGGUUUUUUAACGCCAACAGUGAUUGCUGCUUACCCAAUGUGUCAUCAGCAUUUUCAGAUGCAGAGGAAAAUUGAAAUAUUUCACUGCUUCUUCCACUGUCUCCACGUACAAAUGUUCCAACCGCUGGUUGAAAAAUUUUGGCACAGAAGACCGUAAUUCAGCCUAACUUGACAUCACUGCCUUCUUCAAUACCUCCAUCUCUAACCCCACUGACAUCGGUUGGUUUGAAGUACAGCUCUUUCACCCCUCAACGUUUCAAUAGUGAAAAUAUGUCCAUGCUCGAUCUUCUUGGCAAUUCCUCUUUUGCUGAGAACCUAACUUCUCUGCAUAGUCCUAAGCACUCACUCCAGGCGAGCAUACCAUCCUCUACUGUUGGAUCAUUUUUGAGCCAUAGCUUAGCGAUUAUUGAUGAGCCUAACCAUUUACAGGAUCAGACUUCUCAAAGUUCUGUUUCUCAAGAUGUUGACCUUGACAUCAAAAUUAUCAGUCAGGAUUCUCCGUGUUCUAACUGCAAGAUUUUGUGCAGCCUUUGUGAGUCGCUAAAGCAGAACUGCUUAUAGGUAAUAUGUUUCCUACGGGUAGCCUUUUGUAGAAUUGGUCAACCACCACAGCCAUAACCCCUGCCAGGAUAAACAGCAAAAACAUACUAUUCUACACAUAAGAUAGAUAAGAUGAGCAUUGCUGGUGGGGUCGUGCACAAAACAACUACAAGAAAAAUAAGGAGUACUCAAAGCAAAUGUACAAUAGACCUUGUCAAGGUUUUUGACGCCAUCUUCACAAGUAGGCAAACGCGUGAGAAAUUACAGUGAUUGUAUGAGAAUCUGAUAUCGAAUAAUUUCUGUAGAACGGCUGUUCUGAAAAAAUAUGACUUGUAAACUAAAGCUUCACUCCUAAGGAUUCUCCUGAAAAAAUUUGAGGGCGUUACAUGCACUUGAAGACCUAGAACCACUUUGUAACAUUUUCUAUACAUUUGUCUGUAAGAAAGUUCCGGGAAAAUUACAGACAAAUAUAUGGAAAAUCUAAAGCAAGCCUCUGGAAAAAUUUAAGGACAGGUACGCCCCCCAAAUUUUUUAGGACAAUCUGUGCAUUGUAGCUUUAGUUAACAAUUGAUAUUUUUUUCAGAGCAGCCGUUUUACAGAAAUUAUCCGACAUUAGAUUCUCAUACAAACACUGAUUUCUCACGUGUUUGCCUACUCGUCAAGAUCGCGUCGAAAACCGUGACAAGGUCUAUUAAAAAUUAAUAACUGUUAAAAAUGUUUGUAACCAAUAUUUCACUUUUUAGUUGUAGAAAAAAUAGGUUGUGCAAAUGUACAAUUGAAAAUUUAAACUGUUAAAAGUAUUCGUAACCAAUACCUCUGUUUUUAGUUCUACCUAAAAUAAGUUCGAAAUUCAUUUGGUCAGUAUCAAAUUUUGCAAGACAACAUUUAAAUUUUUUAAAGGUUUUAGCCCUUGUUUCCUUGUUUGUUAAAAUGUUCCAUGCAACUGCUCCUCUAAAGCGUAUGGAGUAUCUGAUAAAAUUCGUUUCUGGUCUUGGAAGAAUGAUGUUCUCACUUCUUCUGUGGCCUGAAAAACAAAUCGUUAAAUUCCGUGGUGUAACCUUUUAAACACUUGAAGACAAACUCCAUUAAUCACACGUUGUACAUACAUUGUUUCCGAACAGUCCCAUCCAGUUCGCAUUAAGACAUCUUCAGCGCUAGUGUCCCAUGGCAACCCAUGUACAAUCCAUCCAGCCCUUGCAUGGAGUUUCUCCAGAUUGUUUAGGUGCGUCUUGUUGCACGAUCCCCACACUGUCAGACCGUAUGUAACUGACAGCAGUAUCAUGACUUUUGUGUAGAAAUCUUCUAAUUGCUUCUGAGGGAGGAAUUACCUGCGUCAAAGUAGAAAUUACUUGGAUGCGAACGACUUCGCUACAUUUGCAGCAUGAUCUGACCAGGACACCUUGUUAUCAACUUGUACUCCGAGGCGUCUUUCAGAGGUUGUACCAGUGUUCUCCAGAAGCGCCGGCAGCUGGCGUUUUCACCAGCUACUCAUGUAUCAAGCCCUGGCUACUUCUGUUAGACAAAAGCGCAGAAAAUUAUGCUUUAGUUUCUGUAAAAUAAUUUCGCACAUUGUGUGACUUUGGCUUAAAAUCUCAAGUGCCAUCAACAGUACGUGUUCAUGUUAUUUCCAAAGGAAAUGAUAAAGAAUAGCGUAAUCUAGUGCGCUUCAGAAAGAUAACAACUGUAAUCUUAUUUUAUUUACUAGAAGGCUGACAUACAUACCGAAAAUAAUUGUUUUAAAGUGCAUUGGAAGGAAUCUGUCAAUUAAAACGUCAACUUUUGCCCUAAUUCUGUCGAAAUAUUUCAUAAUUUCCAGCGUACGAGUUCGUCUUCUCAAAGAGCACGUGGAUACGAACAAUUCUACAUUAUGAUCCCGGGAUUACGAUUAUCACAAGAAAAUUUACAUCAAGUCUUUAGGAGAUGUCAAAGCAAACAUCUGUGGAAAAUCAAAAAGAUGGAAAGAGAGGAAAAAUAACGAGUUUCCUUAUCCCCAAGGAACGAACAGGAAUCGGUAAGUUUAUUCAAAGCACGUUCAAGUCUGCAUACAUUUCCAAGUGCCGUCCGCUCAGCUUUUCGAUCGCACAAUGAUAAACUUGUAGGUUUGUUCGAGAUAAUUUCAUCCAGAGGUGGUUUCCAAGCACGUGACAACUCUUAUAGAUUCAGAAACACAACAUUCUAUAAAAACGAAGGUAGAUAUUCACGAGUUUACAUUUUAUUCUUUGUCGUGGUUAAGAGCAAACACACAACACCAAGAAAUGGCAGCCAUGAUGAAAGUCGGGCCUAGUCUCCUCGCAUUUAGUUUUGGUUUUUGAGCCUGACGAAAGGAUUCAAAUUGAUCAAGUCAAAUUAAAGAAGGAGAAUAAAAAACUUCGAUUUGACAGCUUGCAAUUUUGAAACAAUUUUUUUUUUUUAAAUACAGUAAAUAAAAAUUUAUGUCAUCUGUUUUUCCUCACUCCAAAUCAUACCAUUUUAAGUUCAUCAAGUACUCAGCAACUCUCUCUUGAGAAUGGAACUAACUCUGCACAGCAAUGCAUACAAAGUUCCUGUAGCGCUGGCGGAGUACAAAGUUCAACUUCCCUUGAAGCAAGCACACCUCCAAUGCCGGACAUGUUACCAACUCCAGGGGCAAUUGCUCUGUUAGUAGGGUAUUUUUCAGAUCCCAUGGAAAAGAAGCACUUAUAUAGCUUUUACACCUGUUGUGGAAAAUACUCAGACGUAUCUGAAGCUGAAAGGGCUAGAAUUAAAAGCCAGAAAAAAAACAAGAGAAGGGAAAAGGAAGGGAGUUGAUAUGUUCCAACACUCAUGGCUCGGUGACAGAACAGGUAAAUAUAAAUGAAAAAUACGGUAUAUUAUAAUGAUGUUUGCUAUAAUAAGUUCAGUUUUGCUUUUUACAAUGACCACAAUGCCUCUGUUUUGGUUUUACUUUAAGGCAAAUUACGGUUGGUAUACUGUGAAGGGGAAGGGAUGUUCUGCCUUCUGUGCUGUCGUUAUAACACCAAAAACAAGUACAACAAACAGAACACAUUCAACUUAGCACCAUUCACCAACUACAAGCACAGCGCUGUUAGUGACCAUGCAAGAGGCAGUGGACAUACAUCAACAGUAAUCUGUGAGUUGGAGAGAAGGAAUUCUUCCUUGGCUAACAAGUAA